UACAGAAUGGCGCAGAGGUAUUAUGAGUACCAACAUUACAAGGAGGGACAUGUACAGGAGCAGAGGAAAGCACCAAAGGGGGCCUGUCACCCACACAUCAUCAUCUUCCAAUCUAUCUUCUACUUCAUCUUCAACCUGAGUUUCGUCGGCGCUGAGCUCCCAUCGUUGAUUUUCCUGAACAAGUACCUGUCUCCGGCCAGUCACACGCUGAGCAACGUCCGGCUCUGUGGGAGUGACGUACGGGGAACGAUCGAGGGUCUGAACCGAACGGUAUUGAGGAAACUCCCUCAGAGUCUGAGUCUGAUCGAGGUUGAGAGUGUUCUGAUGGGAACGGCCUUCAUCGCCAUGUUACUGGUGCUGACAAUGUGUGGCCCAGCGUACAGACCCACCGAGGAGAUAGAUUUACGCAGCGUGGGAUGGGGAAACAUCUUCCAGUUGCCCUUUAAACAUCUGCGGGAUUACAGACUCCGUCUGCUGUUGCCCUUCUUUGUCUACAGUGGCUUCGAAGUCCUGUUUGUCUGCUCGGGAUUCACUCUGACGUAUGGAGUUUGCUCCCUGGGUUUGGAGUCUCUCCCAGCAUUGAUCAUGGUUUACGGAGCCUCUGCCUCUCUCUCCUCCCUGCUGGGCCUCUCCUCCCUCUGUCUACCUCGGCAGUGCACCCUGCUCUUGGGAUCAUUUGUCCAGGGAGUAUUACUCCUCGCCCUCUUCGGCUGGUCUCCUCUCCCCAGAGACCCACGUCCAGAAACGGCAGCCGCCCUCUACGUGGUGGCGGCUCUCUGGGGGCUGGGGAGCGGACUGAACAAGAGUGGACUCUCUGCGCUGCUGGGAAUGCUGUAUGAAGACAAAGAGCGCCAGGACUUUGCUUUUGCCAUCUACCACUGGUGUCAGGCUGUGGCCAUCUUCAUUGUCUACCUGUGGUCCUCCACGUACAUGAAGGUGAAGCUGGGGAUCAUGUUCGUCACUCUGGUCGCCGCGGUGAUCUCCUACCUGUGGAUGGAGCGGAAACUCUCCCGGAAAGUUCGAUUCCGGGUGCCCCGGAUUCCUCGACCCCGGCACAAAGUCAAAGGUUACCGGUACCUGGAGGACGAUAACUCGGACCAGUCAGAGGCGGAGGCGGAGGAGGAGGGGGAGGGUGAGGUGGAGACGGAGGGAGACUCUCCCUCUGAUCCCCUCCAACCGGUGGUACAGCAUGGAGCGACGGAGGCUGAGGAACGGCCUCAGUGACACCCCUCCCUCCCCUCUCUCUCCUCCCUCUCUCCCCUCCCUCUCUCUCUCCUCUCCUCUCUCUCUCUCUCCCUCUCUCUCUAUCUCUCCCCUCUCUCGCUCUCUAU